UGCAAGGUUGUCUAAAAGGGUAUUAAACGUUGCGGUAUAUGCAAAACGAUAUCCAGCAUGUCUGUGUGGAUGAAUUACGUGAAGCAUCGACAUGCAGAUUCAAAUAAACGCUAUAAAACUGAGUGCUAUUAUCAAUUAAGUGAACUCGGACAUACAAAUAAACAAUUUGUUUUUGUUUGUUUUUCAUUCAAAUUUCAGCAACGGCACUCACAGCCUGAAUUCGUGGAAACACAAAUACGCCAUUCACGAUCCAGUCCGCGCCCGCUUUCUGAAGCCAACUCUGAGCUAAGCUGCGAUCUAUUAGACAGCGAUCACAAAGGCACCUGCAAGUCAAAUUAUGAGCUGUCCACCGCGUCGCCGAAUGCUGCAGCAUCUGCGGGCAACAAUAGCUACUCGACUGAGCCUGUGACUAGCGGCGAUGAGGCAGCCAACAAGCGUUCGAGCGUCAAUUCGAACGAGACAACGUCAGGCGUCAGUGCCACCGGCAGCGGCAGCGUUAGCGCACAAGGCGGCGAGCGGAAGCGUGCACUGCCCAAACACCAGCGUCCGCUGACACGCUACCUGCCAAUCUUUUCACCCGAUCUAAACCUCCGCCAUCAUAUCGAGUCAGCUGGACAUCAGAUUACACUAUGCCCGCACGUCUUUGUCGAUGCUUUUAGCUGCCGAGGCUAUUUGCAUAAAUUGGGUGCUACUUUCCAUGGCUGGGCGCGACGGUGGUUCGUACUUGAUCGACAGCGCAGCGCGUUCAUCUACUAUGCGGACAAGUCGGAACGGAAGCCCAGAGGUGGCGCCUAUUUCUCGACAAUCGACGAAGUGUAUUUGGAUCAUUUAAAUGCCUCGAAGAGUGGACGCCCUCAUUGCACAUUCAUUGUCAAGACGAAAAAGCGCAGCUACCAUCUACAAGCGGCAUCGGACGCUGCAGCUAGAAUAUGGAUCGAUGCAAUUAUAACCGGAGCUCAAGGAAAUUUAGACUACUAGUUAAGAGUUACUUUAGUGCAUUUUAAGCACUUGAAUUAUUGUAAAAUAGUACUUUUAGGCUAGUAAAAAUUAAUACAUUUAAUAUAAGAAAUUCCCGUUUAGGACCAAAGUGAAUUAUAUUCGAAAUUGCUGAAGAGUGAACUGUUGCUCACAUACAUAUACUGACUUAUGUAUAUAUUUUUAAAUGAGGUUUAACUUAUUAUUCUUAAGCGUUAAGGAAGUGUAACUAUUGCUCAAUUUUUCUAAAGGACAUUGAAAAUUAUACCAGACAUUCAUCAGGCCCACGUAAUAAAUAUUUAUAUCUAAUGAGCAAUCGAUUUAACUAACUAAAUAUGAAUAUGUUUCUACACAUGUGUGCCUUUUCGAUGAUUUGCAAUGAAAUUUUCUUCGCUUUUUUCACAAUUUUUUAUUUGGACAAUUUUUUUUUACAUAACUGAACAAAAACGUAUAUGUACGUUGGAAACUCAUGUGUAUUAAUGUUUUUGCAAUAACGCAAUUAUUUUGUCGUACACUUGGUUGAGCCAAAAGUUUUUAAACUACAUAUACUUAAAUGUAUUUAUUGAUACAUAUAUACAUAUAUACUUAUGUAUACCUGCAUACAUAUAAUCUAUUUGUAAACUUUACGUUAUUAAAAUAUGAUUCUAAAAUAAAAUGUAAUUUUUUGAGAAAAUAUUA